GUAUGUGAAAGAUUCAAUAGUUUCACGUGAAAACUAACCCUCUGGCUUAUUUCUAUUCUUUGUUGUUGUUGUUUUUGUGUUGAAAUGUUCCCUUUAUUGCAAUCCUGAUUGUGAAUCUCUAUAUAUGGAAAAAAUGUGCAAUACGUUUUUAAAAUGAAUAAAUAAAAAUAAGUGAAAGCAUAGUUUGAAUUGUUAACUGCAACUCGGCGUCAUUUAGAGCAGACCUAUGGCUGCAUAAAAUAAAAUAAAAUAAAAUAAAAUAAAAUAAAAUAAAAUAAAAUAAAAUAAAAUAAAAUAAAAUAAAAUAAAAUAAAAUACAAUUUUAAAACCUAUUGAUAUACUGAAAGUUAAAUAUUAAUUGAAACUUAAACAUAUAUCUGAAUGUUAACUGAGAAAAGCGGAAUUCUGUACCGGAAAUAGCUCCACUUCCGCUUCCGUCACAGAACCGGGAAAAACAAAAGCAGCUACCGUACAAUCAAACGUCGAUGUGGAGGAAUAUUUUUGAUCUCAAGUCACGACAUAGCAGCUAAUACUUUGGAGGAAUUUGGCUUCAAUUAGGAUGAGCAAAUGGGGAGACAGGCUGAAGAAGGUGGAGCUUCUGGCUCAGAGCUUUCAGUCCAAUCCUCUGACCACACGCUACAGACCUCGGCUGUGGCCGUGUGAGCCCUCGUCUGUGUGGAAGCUCUUCCCUCGUCAGAGUAUGGCCACGAGCUUUGCUCAGAGCUGUAAAGAGACUGUGCAUGUUUUCGCACUUGAAAAAGAGAAGGCAUCGCUGGGUCAGCGGAUUUUCCUGGUUACCAGUUACAGUGAGCUGUGGCAUUACUACAAGACUUACCCUCAGUCAUUGAUGCACUGUUAUGAAGUGAUACCAGAAGGAGCUGUCUGCAAACUUUACUUUGAUCUGGAGUUUCACAAGCCUUCAAACAGAGGAGCUGAUGGGAAAUCUAUGGUCCUUUUGCUCAUCAAGUACGUCUGUUAUAAAUUAAUGGACAUCUACGGGAUUGAAUGUUCUGAGAAAAAUGUCCUCAACCUUGACUCCAGCACAGAGGAUAAAUUCAGUCGACAUCUUAUUUUCAUCCUCCACAACGCUGCUUUCAAAGACAACAUUCAUGUUGGGAAGUUCGUCAGUGCAAUUCUUCAACCUGCUCUGAACAAAUUCAAGAGUGAUGUUGGAAGCGGAGUGAAAUCCACCACCAAAAGCAGUGAAACCUGUGUUGCAAGUGUAUCCCAAGUUUCUGAGAGGAAAACGGCGGAUGAGGAAGGAGGAGCUGACAGUCCACAGAUAAAAAGGCGUAAGCUGGUGGAUCGAGACCUCGGCUUCCUGCUGAUAAAAAACAAAGACGGCAAAGAUGGCCUGUUCGUUGAUCUUGGGGUUUACACCAAGAACAGAAACUUCCGCCUGUACAAGUCGUCAAAAGUGGGGAAGAAUGCUGCCUUCACAGUGGCAGAAGACAACAAGUUUACCCCUCAGCCAGAGAAGGGAGUUUCUCCUGAGCAAAGUAUCUUCCUGGCGUCUUUAGUAUGUAAUUUGAGCUUUACGGGUCAGAAAAUUCUUACCUGGAGUGUUCCGGAAAGCAGUGAUGCUAAAAUCUCAACAUCAACUUCUCAGCAGGGAUCAGACCCCGUUCCAGAUCCUGCUGGUGCUCCCAAAGGUCAAGAACAAAGGUUAAAAAACAGUCUGGCUGAGAAUGCAAGAGCUUCAUCCACCGCGGAAGUUUUUAAGGAAAAAAAAGGUCCUUUUUCUGGCUGCUCCGUUUCUCCUUACCCAGAAGUGGACAAAUAUGUACUGAAUGUGGUCAAAAAAGAGGCGAUACAAGGAAACAUCAGGAGGUGGAACUACUUUGCAGCAGAACAGCUUCUUAUCUAUGACAUUGCAAAAUACCGCUGGUGUGAGAAUGUGGGCAGGUUUCACAAAAGCAACAACAUAAUGAUUGUUGUGGAUUUAAAAGAGGAAGUCUGGUACCAGAAGUGUCACGAUCCAGACUGCAGAAACUUUAGGUCUUCAAGUUACCCACUUCCACAGGAGAUCUGCAUCAGCUACAUCCUGAACCUGGAUGAAGAGGACCAGGUUUACCUAAUGGAUGAAGCUGGGAACUUUGAGCUCAGUCAGGUACCAGACCAGUGCAGAGAGCCUUCGACAGAGGAAACCCCCAUCGUGUGGGGAGACGACCAGGAUGACCAAGACUUUUCAGAGAGUCUGAUCAACUUUGAACAAAAUGAGGAAAUCUCUGACCAGCUGCUACUGACUGCAGACUUAGAUGUUCAGUAGAGGAACACUUAAAAAGAUCAUUUUAAUAUUUCAUUACCGAUAAACAGUAUAAUUUGUAAUUUUUGUAAACUUAUGUGGAUAUCUAAAACAGGUUAAAACUAUUUUAUAAAUUUGUGUCUGUAUUGUUAAUUAGUUUGUUUAAAAGCCAUGUAUUCAGGGUAUCUGCUAGAGGGCGGAGCCAAACUGCAAUGACUACAUAAAACACAAAUACAACAAC